AUGAACUGUUCUAAGAAUGAUCCUGUCCCCAUUCCACAUGCAUGGUACCAGUCUGGGGACAUCCUCAUUGGUGAGAUCGCUUCUCAAUUUGUAUAUUCUCACCAUACCGUUGAUUUUAAGAAACAUCCUUCUCAAGGCUUGUUUGAGGCUCCAGAAAUGGUGAUAAAGUACUACCAGCACAUCCUGGCAUUGGCAUUUGCCAUAAAUGAGAUCAACAAGAACCUCCAGAUCUUGCCAAAUAUCAGCCUUGGGUUCCAAAUCUAUGACAGCUACUUUGAUUUAAAAUUGACAUAUUGUACAACUCUGGGACUGCUUUUCAGAUCAUGGAGCUUUGUCCCAAAUUACAAAUGUGAGAUUCAUAGAAACCUAGUAGCCAUCAUUGGGGCACUUGGUGCUGACAUCUCUUUCCAUAUGGCAGAUAUCUUAGGACUCUACAAAAUUCCACAGAUUGCAUAUGGCUCAUUUGCCUCAGAAGAGAGGGAUGCAACAGAGUUUCCUGCUUUCUUUCGCAUGGUUCCAAAUGAAGCUGCUCAGUAUAGCGGGAUUAUUCGGUUGCUGCUCCAUUUCAGGUGGAUAUGGAUUGGGCUCUUUGCUGCAGAUGAUGACACUGGAGAGCAUUUCUUGAAGACCAUGGAGCCAUUGCUGUCCCAGAAUGGAAUCUGUUCAGCCUUCACUGAAAGAAUUCCAAACCAAGCACAAUGGGAUACAAUAGAAGAUAUUAAUAAUAUACUCUCGAAGGUGCUGCCCGUUUCUGUGUGCAAUGACUACUGUCCUCCUGGUUUUCAUAAGAAGAAGAAAGAAGGGGAACAGUUUUGUUGCUAUGAUUGUGCUCGGUGCCCAGAAGGACAAAUUUCAAACCAAAAUGACAUGGAGGACUGUAUCAAUUGUCCAGAUGAUCAGUAUGCAAGCAUGAGUAGAGAUCAAUGCAUUCCCAAGACAAUCAACUCUCUGUCUUAUGAAGAACCUUUAGGAAUCAGUUUGGCUUCAAUUACAGUUUCUUAUUCUCUCAUCACAGUCUUGGUUCUAGGAACUUUCAUUAGGCACAAAGAUACCCCCAUAGUGAAAGCAAACAACCGAGAUAUCACAUACACUCUUCUUAUCACUCUCCUGCUAUGUUUCCUUUGUCCUUUGCUCUUCAUUGGUGACCCAAACAAGGUGACCUGCUGUUUCCGACAACCAGCUUUUGGCCUUAUCUUUUCUGUGGCUGUAUCUUGUGUGUUGGCCAAAACCACCACUGUAAUUGUAGCUUUCAUGGCCACUAAACCAGGAUCCAGAAUUAGGAAGUGGGUGGGGAAAAGACUGACCAACUCCAUUCUUCUGUCUUGUUCCUUCAUUCAAGCAGCCAUUUGUAUGAUAUGGCUAGGAACCUCUCCUCCUUUCCCACAUACUGACAUGCAGUCAUUGACUAGAGAGAUCACUCUAGGAUGCAAUGAAGGGUCUGUCAUCAUGUUCUAUAUUGUCUUGGGCUACAUGGGACUUCUAUCAGUCAUAAGUUUGAUCGUAGCUUUCUUUGCAAGGAAGUUACCGGACAGUUUCAAUGAAGCUAAGUUCAUCUCUUUCAGUAUGUUAAUCUUUUGCAGUGUUUGGGUGACUUUUGUUCCUACGUAUUUGAGCACAAAAGGGAAAUACAUGGUAGUUGUGGAGAUUUUCUCUAUUUUGGCCUCCAGUGCUGGAUUACUGGUUUGUAUCUUUUCCCCCAAAUGCUACAUUCUUCUGUUGAGGCCAGAGUUGAAUAAGAGGGAGAAAUCAAUAAGGAGAAACAACUGA